AUAUGAACUCUGGUUAUAAAUAUGUAAAAUUAUCAAGGUACAUCAGUUCUAUAGCAAUGAUCAGCAUAUUGUCAGCUAAAGAGCCCAUCAACUCAUUUCUUCAUUUACUGUAUAUAUUUGACAGCAAAACAUGGCUUAUAUUUAUCGGACUUUAUCUCAUUAUUUCAUGUCUGAUGGCAUUCAUUGAGUUCAAUGUUCGGUCGUUUAUCUAUUACUUCGGAGUAGUGUUUGGCCAACAAACGGGUCUUUUGAAGAGACAGUUGAGGUGUUCAAUUGUAUCGCUCGUAUGGCUGACUGGUUCUAUGAUAAUGAUGUACAGCUAUUCAGGAGUUUUGUUGACUUUUCUGGUUUUCCGUACUCCUUAUGAAGUCAUCGACAGCAUUGAAGACUUGGCAAACAAAGCAAACAUUGGAUUGACUGUCUUUGAUGACGAACCGGCAUUGGAUUAUGUUAUGGAUGUAAAUGAACCUUAUUAUCGACAGUUUGUCGGUCGAGUCAAUAUUUCAAAGACAGAAUUUGUUCCCUAUCUGAAAGUGGUAUAUACGAGUCAUGGGUAACCCAAACAUUGGACCUAAACAAUGAUGCCCUACGAUAUGGUCUUAUUGAUGCAGAUAACCAACGUUAUCUAUAUAAACCAAUUAA